CCACAAUUGCUACAUCUCCGAUCUCUCUUUUAACUUCAUGUCAAAAUCCUCUGUCACAGAAGAAUAUUCAGUGAAGCAGACGGAGUGAAUUUUUGCUAACGUACGCCGCUGGCGCACUAUUCCGUACUACUACUGACCGUCUCGCUAGCGUGCGCCGUCGUCGCCCUACGUGCGCCGGUUGCGCAGCUCCACCACAGUCGGCGAUCCCCUACCGCCGCAUCCUGCGCCAGUUUAUAUAAGAUCGACGGCGCCGCCUCGUCGGAGAUCUACGCAUCGGGGAUGUCGAAAGCGCGGGUCUACGCUGACGUCAAUGUUGUGCGCCCUAGGGAAUACUGGGAUUACGAGAAUCUCAUUGUCCAGUGGGGUGACCAGGAUGACUAUGAGGUUGUUCGCAAAGUCGGGAGGGGAAAAUACAGUGAAGUUUUUGAAGGAAUAAAUGUGAACACCAACGAACGAUGCAUAAUCAAGAUUCUGAAGCCUGUUAAGAAGAAAAAGAUAAAGAGAGAGAUUAAGAUACUGCAGAAUUUAUGUGGGGGACCGAAUGUUGUCAAACUCCUGGACAUCGUUAGGGAUCAGCACUCGAAAACUCCAAGCUUGAUAUUUGAAUUUGUCAACAGUACAGAUUUCAAAGUUCUGUACCCUACCUUGACCGAUUAUGACAUACGCUACUACAUAUACGAGCUUCUCAAGGCAUUGGAUUACUGUCAUUCACAGGGAAUAAUGCACAGAGAUGUUAAGCCUCAUAAUGUAAUGAUAGACCACGAGUUACGAAAGCUUCGUUUGAUCGAUUGGGGUCUUGCUGAAUUCUACCACCCGGGCAAGGAAUAUAAUGUCCGGGUUGCUUCAAGAUAUUUCAAGGGUCCAGAACUUCUUGUCGACUUGCAAGACUAUGACUAUUCUUUGGAUAUGUGGAGCCUUGGUUGCAUGUUUGCCGGAAUGAUAUUUCGCAAAGAACCUUUCUUUUACGGGCAUGAUAACCAGGAUCAACUUGUCAAAAUUGCCAAGGUACUUGGGACUGACGAGUUGAAUGCGUAUUUACACAAAUACCAUUUGGAGCUCGACCCGCAACUUGAAGCUCUUGUUGGGAGACACAGUAGGAAACCAUGGUCGAAGUUUGUCAAUGCAGACAAUCAGCAUCUUGUGUCUCCAGAGGCGAUUGAUUUCCUCGACAAACUGCUGCGUUACGAUCACCAAGAUAGGCUCACAGCAAGAGAAGCCAUGGCUCACCCUUAUUUCUUACAAGUCAGAGCUGCCGAAAGUAGCAGGACACGGGCCCAAUAGCCCGGCAAAUUGGCCCGUGAAACCAUAGGGAUUUUCUGUUGUGAUGUUUAAGAUUUUGGGCAUUUGUGAUUUGUGUAGAAGUUUGUUUUUGACAUCAAUAGUACAUUACUACAUUAUUGCCUUUUUUGUUUCAAGGUUUCUAAGCUGCUUGAUGUUUUUGUGGAUUCAAAAUCCAAUCGUGUGCAGUUUAUUUUAUUACUGUUACAUAUUUUUA